AUGGCGCCAAAAAAAUUCAAGAUCCAGUCAGGCCACAAGAGCAGCGAGCAAGAAGCAGCUCCUGCGUCAAGAUCCUUGUUUUCAGGCAAAUCUGAUUCAUUUCUUCGACUGUCUCUUCCUUCUUCAUCUGCUGCACUCACCUCCACUCCUUCCAGCUCAAAUGUCUCUCCCUUGGUUCUUCUCUCUAUCCUUGACCACUACUUGCGUCGGAAAGAAUCCCAGUCCCAAAUCAUUGGUGCUCUCCUCGGUGUCCGUACCACAGACUCGUUUGGUAUGAGCCAAGUCCAAGUCGUUAAUUCCUUUCCUUUGAGCUACUCUGAGACUUCGGAUCACAAGGUUUUUGUUGAUGCGGAUUUCUUCACCAAGAUGUAUGCUUUGCAUUUACAGACAAAUCCUAAAGAAACAAUUAUCGGGUGGUAUGCGACUGGAAAUGAAUUGAAUGAAAAUUCCGUUUGGAUUCAGGAAAUGUUUUCUGGUGAAAACAGCUCCAGCUUCUCCGCUUAUGAUGCUGGCUCUAAAAAACCGGGAUCUUUUUUUGUACAACUUCCCGUUUCCUAUCAAUCUACAGAUAAAAGCAGCAUGGAUGUUCUUGUUAAAGCAACCGAAUCACUAAGCAUGGAAGCUUCAUUGACUUCCGAUCUGGACAACCUGGAAGAAUCUGUAAAAAGUGUUUACGAUAUGCUUACCGUAGUAUGCGCAUAUGUCGAAAAGAUUCUCUCUGGCGAAACCAAGCCAAAUGCUACACUCGGUCGCCAUCUUUUGGAUACCGUUUCUCUUAUCCCACAAAUAAAGCCUGCAGAAUUCUCCAAGGUGUUUAACAGCCACAUGCAAGAUAUUCUCAUGGUGGUUUAUUUGGCUAAUCUCACUCGUACUCAAUUGGCUAUUGCUGAGCGGCUGCACAAAAUGGUUUAA